UUUGAUUCGCGGUGUCAGUGCUAAGACAGUAAGCUUGGGAACUGCAAGUUCAAGGAACUCUAUAAUCAUUAAAGCUGCUGCACAGUUGGGCUGAAUUUCGCUUUGCGAUAAGGAAGAAUAAACAAUAUUAUAAAAUCAUUGGUCGCCGUUUCAGCUUGCUUCCCCUCUGAACUUUCUGGUGGUGGUAUAAUCAUAACAAUAGGCUUAUAUAAUUAUAUAUCAUAUGACCAGCGGUGAGGAAGGACACAGGUUGCGUAUGUCAUGUAGAUCUAUGUAGCAGAGUUCAUCCGAUAUUUGCCAAUCAUGGAGGUGGACUCGGAGAGGGCGCCAUUAAUCCUUAAGAAGGGUAGCGUGAAGGUCGAAGAGAAUGAGGAUGAAAAAGAGGUAUCUAUUAUCAACUCUGGACGCAUGAAAAUAGUACUGUGUAUAUUGUGCUGUGAGUUGUGCGAAAGGCUAACUUACUACAGUGUUGUCGCCAACCUAGUGGUGUACUGCACAAACACACUUGGCUACACCAGUGCUGAUGCUGUUACUGUGAGUCUAGUGUUUUCCGGGACUUCUUAUUUCCUUCCUGUGGCGGGAGGUUGGGUUGCGGAUUCAAUCUCGGGAAGAUUUAAUGGAAUUUUUGGUGGUCUAUUGAUUUACUUCAUAGGCGCAGCUAUUCUGCCUGUCAUUUCCAUUGACUAUGAAAACCUGUUAGAAAGUGGAGCUGGUCUGACGUUAAAUCAACAGCGAGGAUUUUAUAUAUUUGCGCUGUCGUUAAUAGCUGUAGGAACAGGGGGGAUUAAAUCUAACGUGGGACCAUUUGGUGCCCAGCAACUUGAGGAUUUGGGAGAAGGAGCAAUACAAACUUUCUUUAAUUGGUUCUAUUGGUUCAUCAAUGUAGGAUCGGCCAUUGCUUAUUCAGUCGUUGUUUACAUACAACAGGAGAUAAGCUUUGCUUGGGGCUAUAGUAUCCCAGCAUUUUCCAUUUUACUUGCUACGGUGGCUCUUUUAAUAGGAAGGAACAAAUAUAUAACAACUCCACCAGAAGGAAGUAUACUCUCAAGAAUAUGUAAAAUAGUUUGGCAAGCAUCUUCUAAAUGUUGUGGAGGCACUAGCAAGGAUGUGGAAGUGGAGAAUUGCCUUGACCGAGCCAAGGAGGAGAAUGGCGGAUCAUUUCUUAGCGAGCAUGUGGAUCAAGUGAAAUGCUUAGCAAGAAUUGUACCGGUAUUCCUUUGUAUAAUUAUGUACUGGACAAUAUACUUUCAGAUGCAAACUACGUACAUUCUUCAAGGAGAGAGAAUGAAACUUGUUUACAAUAGUUUCACAUUUCCUGUUGCAUCGCUAAGUCUUUUCAAUAACAUAAGUCUACUCCUGUUGAUUCCAAUAUUGGACACCGUUGUUUAUCCAUUCCUUGAAAGAAAAGGCUACAAAUUGACCCAGCUUAAACGGAUUGGUUUUGGGAUGUUCUUAGCGUCAUUGUCUAUGGCAGUGGCCGCCAUUGUUGAGGUUGCCCGGAAGGACAUAAUGCAAGAUGGCGGAUAUUUUAACCAGAUCCUGGCGGAUAAAACAUACAACGCUUCCAAUUUGAGUGUGUUUGCGCAAAUUCCGCAAUACUUUAUAGUAGGAGCAAGUGAAGCUUUCACCAGCAUCACUGGCCUGGAGUUUGCAUAUUCACAGUCUCCAAAGGUGUUACAAGGCGUGGUAAUGGGACUGUUUCUCUUGACCUCUGGGCUAGGUAGUUACGUUGGCUCCUUACUGGUGAUCAUCGUUAAUGCAGCAACGAAAGGUCAUGAGUGGUUUCCGGAUGAAGUUAACGAUGGUUACUUAGAAUACUACUAUAUCCUGUUGUCUCUAAUGAUGAUCGUCAAUCUGGUCAUAUAUUGUUUUGUUGCGCAUUACUAUACAUACAUGCAAUACCCAAGUCAAAUUCCAGAGCCACUGGACCAUGAUGGAGAUGUCGAAGGUGAUGCAUCAGAUAAAAUGAAAAUGAAUGGAACAAUGCAUCGACAGAAUAAGGCACUGCUGGUGAAGGAAGGCACUUUGUCUGAAUCUGAAAUAUGAUAGAUAAUGAUCAAUGAUGAUAAAUAAAGUUUUAUGCAUUUAAGGCAUUCAUGAUUAGCGACAUAAAUGCAAUAGCACCCUCAUGAGAUGCAGCUUUAUGUUGGUGCUUGUCAAAGAUAGCGCACUCACUGAAUUACGUACUGGAUUUUCUGUAAUGCGAACGGUGCUCAAAUUACUUGUUAGUAUUGUUAGUUUUUUUGUUAGUUUUUUUGUAGAGGGUGCAAUUCCAUGAAAGCUUUCAAUGCCAUUGUGCACACAACAGUGGCGUAUCUAAGGGUGCACAGGGGUUGCAUGCCACACUCUCCCCACAAAAAAUACUUUCCCCCACCCCCAUCUUAUGAAAAUAUCUGAACCAAGAAAAUCAAGCACAAAACUUAAAACUCACCUCAAAUCGCCUUAUUUUGCGAGCUAGUCCCCCUUUACCUAAUCACAAGCUCCCCACUCAUGGGUGUAUGCCAUGGGGUUCGGGAAGAUCGUAUGACCCCACUCCCCCAAAUUUUUAAAGGUCCACAUUUUUCCCAAAGACAUUUUUUUCCAAAGACAUUUUUUUCUAGGGCCUUUUCACAAAUGACAUAAAUGAAAAAGCAUUGAUGAGAUACCAGCAAUGAGUCCAAAGACCU